UCCCCUAUUUUUUAGAAGACCGUUACAUCUGGAUAACGGCUAGUUUCUCAACUUCAUCUCUUUCUUCUUUCAACGUCACAUUUUCUCUCUCCUUGGCUUCCUGUUUCACUGCCUCUCAAAACUCUCCCUAAUCCUGAAAUCCCAAAUCAAUCCAAAAUUUUGAUUUCUAGGGUUUCUCCUAAUCGAUUCAAUUUCCCCAAAUUCACCCCAAAAUUCGCCAAUUACAACAACAAUGAGCCCACCAACAAUGGCGUCGGAAAACCCUAAACCCCAUAUAUCAUCUGAAAUUUCAACUCCAAUGCCGACAAAUCCCCAACACCCUCGUCGUUCUCGACCUAGGGUUCGUGAAGUUAGCUCCAGAUUCAUGUCACCUGCAGCAAAACCUCCGACGAACAUCCAGAAGCAAAUCCCAUCAACACCGUCGGAAUCCCAGAUUUCUAAAAACAACGCUCUCCGACGAUCUAACACUGAUUUCAGGCCGUCGCAGUCGAGAUACGCCGACGAAAACCGACCCGAUUCGUUGAACCGGAAAUCCGUUAGCCCGGUUCGAUCUUCGUCGAAACCUAGGGCUGCUGUUAAGCUUUUUAAGGAAGGAUCUAGAACUGAUACACCAGUGCCAAUGCAGGUGGGGCCCAGAUUGGUGAGACAACGGAGUUGGGAUUCCGCUGCCUCGAAGUUGUUGCAGGCUAAUGGAAUAUGCUCCAAUGGUGAAAAAGAUGAUGAUGAUGGUGGUUGUUCUGUUAAUGGGGAUUGUGAGUCAGUGAAAUCGGAGCCGAAUGAUAAUAAUAAUUGUACUAGUAAUGGUGAUAAUAACAAUUGUCAAAGGAAUUCUACGCCGUGUUCUAGAUCAAUGGAGUUUUCGUAUCCGAGUAAUGAUCAACAACAACAACAAAAUGGGGGGUUGAAUUCUAUUAAGGGUGUUGGUAAUGAUGAUAAGUUAUUUCAUAGGUCAGUGAAUAAGGUGGCGCGUAGUCUUAAUCUUCCUCCGAUGCCUCCUGGACUCGGGUUUUCGAGGCCUCAAGGGGGGACGGUGGAGGUGAAAAAGGCGGUGGUGAGGAAGGGUGGCAACCAGCUAGAUGAUGCUCAAAGGCUUAAGUUGUUGCAUAAUCUUCAUCUUCAAUACAGGUUUGCUAAUGCUAAGGCUGAGGCAUGCUUGAAUUCUCAGAAAAAGCAAAGUGAGAAACUGCUAUAUUCAAUGGGAGUAAAGAUAUCAGAGUUGCAGGAUUCUGUAAAAAGCAAGCGUGUUGAAGUUGGACUUUUGAAAGAAGCAAAACUUCUAUCAACAAUUCUUGACACUCAGGUUCCCGUUUUGGACGAAUGGUCUGCUUUAGAAGAAGCUUACUCAUCUUCAUUGCUAGAAUUAACUCAAGGUUUACAGAAUAUAUCAUCUCGACUUCCACUCAAUGGUAAUGUAAAGGUUAACAUCAAAGAGAUAAAUGAAGCAAUGAAUUCAGCAUUGAAGGUGGCUGAAAGCAUCUGUUUGCAAGUGCAAGGCUUCGUGCCCAAGGCAGAGCAAGUGGAUGUUCUCAUAUCCGACUUGGCUAGAGUACAUAGUGGAGAAGUCACGCUUGUUCAAGAGUGUGGUGAUUUAUUGUCUAGGACGCAUUUAUCGCAGAUAGAAGAGUGCAGUUUAAGAGGACAACUGAUUCAAUUCCAGAAAUGCAACCUUACUGGAUCUUAAGAAGAUCAGAUUCUAACAUGAUCAUCUUAGUUCACACAACCUUACUGGAUCUUAGUUCACACGCCAUACUUAAUUUCCAAUUUGAUCAGUUGAUCGUCUGAUGGUGAUAAGCACAUAACUCAAGUUCAAGAGGUCAACAGUUCAGACUCACCUUUAUAUCACCUACUGUAUGUAAUCAUUCAUCCUCAUUCUUUUGCUACGUCCAGCCAACAGAGAUUUUUUUGGAAGGGCUGUUGAUAUAGAGAGAAAAGAUGCAGUUCCAUCGGAGUAUUCCUUCAGUAAUUGCGUCAAAUCUGUAUAGUGUAAUUCUAUCAUUUGAUACAAACAAAAAAAUCAAGGAAUAGUCCCUUGCGGCUUGCGAGGCGAUUGGUUGAUCAAUACUUGUCUGUAAUCAGUUAGUCUAACCCUCCCUCCGCCCCUCAAUAAAAGGAGAAUAAUUAAAAUUGUCUCAGAAUCAAACAUCAUGGCAUUUGAUUAUUCAUU